ACGGAGUUGAGACAAGAGCUGAGGGAUGAGAUUAGAGAGAAAUUGAGGGAGGAGAUGUGAACAGAGCUUUGGACACAUAUACGAGAAAUGAAAGCUGAAAUGUUGGCUAUUGUGUCCCACGAAAGGAGUACAAAUCACAACAAACAGCUACCGGAUGCAUUGAGUGGCCACUGUGAACCUACGGAUUAUGACGUCGAUGAGAACCCACAUACACCACCACCAAAUGAUGAGGAUGUAAUUAAAGUUUCUUUGGAGAGUUCUGUAAUACCAAGAGUCCAAUUGGCGGAGGGACUUCUUAUUAGUGUCGAUCUGUUGUGUGAAAUUGAUGGAGUUCCAAUUGGCCCUGAAUAUUGCAAAGUUUUUGUUUUAAAAACGACCAAGCCGAACGUUGUUUUGGAAACAACAUCCCGAUGUCUAAGAACAGUUGGAGAAACUAUGGGAAGAUACAUUGUGUGGCGCUCGAUUCAUGUAUAUGUUACAAUCUUAUUUAUUUAUUUAUUGAAAUAAAUAUAAAAUGUUUUACAUUUUCUGUAAGCUUGAAAUUAAUUAUAUUGUAAAUGAUUUUUUUUUUUUUUUUUUUUUGCAAGUGCAACCCUUUUGAGCAUGUGAUGAUAUCUUCGCAUAUCGAUAUUAGAGUUUAGAAUCUUAUUUAUUUAUUUAUUUAUUGAAAAAAAUAUCAAAUGUUUUACAUUUUCUGUAAACUUGAAAAUAAUUACGUUGUAAAUGAUGAUUUUUUUUUCUUUUUUGUUUCUUUUUGCAGAUGCAAACCUUUUUGAGUACGUGAUAUCUUCACAUAUCGAUAUGGGAGCUUACUAUUGAUAUCAAAACAAACUACACUAUAUUUGUUUUUAUUUUUUUUAUUUCUGUUGUCGAUACUAAAAAUUUGAGUUCUUGAAUAUCAAAAAUUAUUAGUAUUGUUAGAGGUUAUUUUAUAUAUUUUUGUAAAGAAUAUUUGGUUGACAAUUGUUACAAGGUACAUAUAUUAUUCUUGGUAUAUGAUUUUUUGAAUGUGAA